AUGUUGAUUUUCCUUCUCAAUGAAUUUGACUUUAUCCAAAUGAAGACUCAUGGACCGGUACUGACGAAUUUAACAUGUACGAAUAUUCCAAUAGCAAGUUUAUCUUCGCGAACUGACGAUCGGUUUAGUCAGUUGAAAAUGUUCGCCUCGCCGCAAUUUUUGUCAAGUUCGUCUCAAACAUGUGGCAAAUACGAUAUACGAUCAACUUACACGUUGUAUGUCAAAUCAAUCAAUGUAUUGAUUGAGAAUUUCUGUUCAAUUGUACAAGGACAUCCGAUGCUUUUGAUCUAUUUGAAUGAUUAUCGAAUUGAAAAUCAUGCAUCACCAGCUGCGUAUAUCUUUUUCUUAAAAUUAUUUACGUUUUUGCAAUAUCCGAUGUUAACGUUUCAUUAUUUUCAUCCAUUUCAUCCCGAACAUUUUCCGAGUUAUCGCUUUUUUCAAUUGGCCCCGACCUAUCGCGAAGAAGCGCGGGCUUUAAUUUCACUCCUAGAACGAUAUGAUUGGAAUACAUUUUCGCUAAUUAUCGAACUGCGAUUACCUGGCGAAGACGAACUUACUGAUGAAUUCGAACAACACGGAAAUGAACAACGAGAUUGUAAAAGAACAUCGUGUCAUCGGAACCAUCUCAAAGGACAAAAAAAAUUAACAAUUCUGUCAAAAAUUGAUAUUAAAAGUAACAAUCCAGUCCAUAUUCGACAGCAAUUAGCGUUGAUGAAUCCUGAAACGCGUGUUAUUAUUGUGCAUACAACAUCAUCGUUAGCUUCAUUGAUUGUCAAACAAGCGAAUAAUAUGAGUUUAAUGGGAUCGGAAUAUAUGUGGAUUAUGUCGUCGAUUGUUCUUUCCACAUAUAGCAGUGGAGGAACGGAACCGAAAAUGAGUCCGUAUGAUAAUCCGAAUCGACGAAAGAUGGACUUCUACGCUGGAACGUUAGCGUUGUACAAUGAUGUUACUCGAGAUACGAUUCUUAGUCGUUUUGAUAAAUAUGUUGGACCGAUAUUAACGAAUGUUUUCUCUCAGAAUCUUCAUAUUGAUGUGAUAAAACACUGGAAUGAGAAUUUAACAAUACCUCGUCGGUUUUCUUCACGCGACCAAGCAUUCUGUAGUCGAUUAUUCAAUGAGAACAAAUCAAUUCAUCAAUCAGAUCUAAAACAUUCCUAUCCAAAUCUUUACAAUUUAUUGAAAGAAGCAUUUCAACGCGCACAUGGAGUUUUCCAACGGGAUGGUCUCGCAGUCGCCGGGAACUAUUCAGUCUUAAAUUAUCAAUAUCCCGAUCGAGAAUGGAAAAAGGUUGGCGAAUAUAUAAAUAGUACAUUAACCAUCGCCGAUAUUCAAUGGCCGGGUGGACGGUCGAAGCCUCCGCCUGGAAAACCUGUCAUUUAUUAUUUGAAAGUAGUCACAUUAGAAGAACGUCCAUUUGUGAUGUUGAAAGACCCAUCAAUCGAUGGUAAAUGUCAAGCAGGCUCAGUUAUUUGUCGAAUCGGUCCGGAAAAUUCAGGUGCUAAUCAUAGUGAUCCACAUCACUAUCAAUGUUGUUCAGGAUUCUAUAUCGAUAUAUUCAAUGUCCUUAAAGAACGAUUGAAAUUUGAGUUUGAACUUUAUCAAGUUCUGGAUCGUACCUGGGGCGCUCGAAAUCCUAUAACGAAUAAAUGGAAUGGAUUGGUUGCUGAAAUUUUGGAGAAUCGAGCGGAUUUAACAUUAACUUCAUUGAAAGUCACAACAGAACGAAAUGCCGCGGUGGAUUUCAGCAUUCCCCUGAUGGAAACGGGCAUUGCUUUGAUUGUUUCGUUGAGACAAGGCGCUAUCUCCACAACCGCAUUUCUUAAACCCUAUGAUUAUCGAAUAUGGGUUUUGAUUUUGUUGGUUACAUUACACGGUGUUGCCAUUAUGAUAUUUCUUUUUGAAUAUUUUAAGCAAAGGUUAACCGUUCAUUAUUCACAUUAUGGACUUGAAGAUGGUGAAAAGUUGCCUAAUUCACCAUGGCAACUUAUUCUUGAUCUUUUUCGUCGAUCAGAAAAGAAAAAAAAUCUGAAUAUCACUUUCUUUCAAUCAGUUUGGCUUAGUUGGGUUAUUCUCUUCCGAGCACCGGCGAAAGUUAAUAAUCCAAAAGGUUUUACCUCGAAAUUCAUGGCAAACAUCUGGGCAUGUUUUUGUCUGGCAUUUACCGCGAGUUACACUGCUAAUUUAGCCGCCUUUAUGAUUACGAAGGAUACUUAUUUUGAACUAUCUGGUAUUACUGACCAUCGAAUAUCCAAUCCUCAUUCGAUUAAACCAUCGUUCCGUUUUGGAACAGUUGCGAACGGAAGCACUGAUGAAGUACUGAAAACGAAUCACAAAGAAGUUUAUACGUAUAUGACACAAUUUAUGAAGAAGAAUAUCACCGAAGGCAUCAAAGCAUUGAAAGCACAUGAAUUGCACGCGUUUCUGUAUGAUGCAGUUGUGCUCGAUUAUCUCAGUGGACAAGAUGAUGAAUGUAAAUUACGCGUUGUUGGAAAUUGGUAUGCAAUGACUGGAUAUGGAAUUGCAUUUCCAAAACAAUCGAAAUUUAAAGAAAUGAUUAACAAGGAAAUUAUCGAAAUGCAUCAUUCAGGAGAAAUUGAGCGUCUUCGUCGAUUUUGGUUUACCGGAGCAUGUAAACCCGAUAUGUUGCAUCAAUCACAGCGAAGUAGUCAACCGUUAGAUGAAAGAAAUUUUACAUCCGCUUUUUUACUUCUGUCCGGUGGAACGUUAAUCGCAAUAAUUAUUUUACUUUCCGAAAAUGCAUAUUCGAGAUUCGUUGCAAGAGCAAGACGAAUAGUUCGUGAUCAACAGCGUCAACCAGGAGGCAAACCAAUGUUAACCGAUAAUACAAAUCAACAUCGACCAGAUCGUUCACGACGUGAAAAAGCCUUAGAAAACUAUGUCGAAAUUCUCAAAGAACGUAUUCUUGAAUUGGAAAAAGAAGCGUCAUCGAAGAUAUCAUCUCCGCAAGCGAAUAACAUUGAAAUUAAACGUAAGAAUACAGUAGACGGUGUGGUGCUGCCCGUUACCUAUUUAUCACCUUCGGAAUCAAAUCCUCGAUUGGAAAUCGUUUCGUAUCCACCUGCAGAUGACAGUCGAUUACAAUUAUUACUUGUCGAGCAAACUCAUUCACCAGUAUAUGAAACAAUCGUUUAG